AUGGUCACCGGCGUAAAUGGCACCAAUGGCGCAAGCAACGGCAACGGCAACGGUAUACCUCAUGUGAAUGGUGACGGACCCUUGGUACACAGGAUGAAGGCCCAUAGGAAGCAGUCGAGUCCUAUGGCUCCCGACUUUAUGGUCUCUGCGCCGGGCAAGGUUAUUGUCUUUGGCGAGCAUUCCGUUGUUUAUGGAAAGUUGCCCCCUAGGCUGCUAUUGCUGCCGCCAUUUCCCUGCGAUCAUAUCUUCACGUUACGACUCUCCAAAUCUAAGAGAACAGUGUCUCUGCGCUUCACUGAUAUCGACCUCGUACACACCUGGAAUAUCGACGAGCUCCCCUGGAGCACCUUCCAGCAGCCCUCCAAGAAAAAGUCAUACUUCUCCCUCGUCACCGAACUCGAUCCCGACCUCGUCGCCGCCCUCGAGCCUCACGUCGACGUCUCUCCCGACAGCCCCGAAGACAUCCGCCGAGUCCACAGAAACGGCGCCUUUGCCUUCCUCUACCUCUUCCUCUCACUGGGCUCGCCCUCGUUCCCAGGAUGUCUUUACACACUACGAUCUACCAUACCAAUUGGCGCUGGUUUGGGAAGCAGUGCCUCGAUUGCAGUGUGCGUGUCUGCAGCCCUUUUGAUCCAGCUGCGGACCCUUUCUGGGCCGCACCCCGACCAGCCGCCCGAGGAGGCUCGUCUGCAGAUUGAACGAAUCAACAGAUGGGCCUUUGUGUACGAAAUGUGCAUCCACGGCAAUCCGUCUGGUGUCGAUAAUACCGUAGCUACACAAGGUAAGGCUGUUGUGUUCCAAAGAUUAGACUACGCCAAGCCACCAGCCGUAAAGCCUCUUUGGGACUUUCCUGAGCUGCCGUUGCUGCUUGUCGAUACAAGACAACCCAAGUCGACUGCCCACGAGGUAGCCAAGGUGGGCGGGUUGAGGAAUACGCACCCAAAGCUUGUGGGAUCGAUUCUGGAUGCCAUGGACAAGGUGGCCAGCUCUGCGGCAGACCUGAUUACGGACGAAGAGUUUGACGAGGAGGAAGAGGAGAGCUUAAGAAAAGUGGGCGAGCUUAUGACCAUAAAUCAUGGCCUGCUGGUGUCCCUGGGCGUUUCACACCCCCGAUUAGAACGCGUGCGCGAACUGGUUGACCACGAGGGCAUCGGCUGGACAAAGCUCACUGGAGCUGGUGGCGGCGGCUGUUCAAUCACACUCUUGCGACCUGACGUCCCCCGACCGAAGCUCGCCAAGCUGGAGGAACGACUCGAGAAGGAGAACUACGCCAAGUUCGAGACGACUCUCGGCGGAGACGGUGUUGGAGUCUUGUGGCCAGCCAUUCUGAAGAACGGCACCGAAGAAGACGAGGAGGGCGGCAUGGAAAUCGACUUGGAAAAGUUCUUGAAUGCGGAAGGCACAGAAGGUGUUGAGAAGCUGGUCGGUGUUCACGGCGACGGUGGCGAACGCGAGGGAUGGAAAUUCUGGCGGGUGGAAAGCCGGUGA